CCUCUAGAGCCUGCGCCUCAGGAACAUCUCCCUCCUUUCUGGGAGAGCACCCGAGAGGACACGAAACACCUCAGCCUCUCUCGCCUUCCAUCACGUCCCUGUGCUCAAAUAACAUCGAAAAGAACGAGCCCCAGCAGAUGUGAGACCAUCACUCUUUACCUUUUGUCGGAUUAUCAGUUUGAAUGAGUUCCGCUUUCUUUGGCUCAACAUCAGCAUCAACUGAGCACUGCCAUCCUCCUCCUCAUCAUCAUCAUCCUGUUUGUCUUCAUCCUCAUCCUCAUCUAAAAUCGAGUUCUCUGUCUUCAUUCAUCAAGCAGUCUCACCAUGUAUCUGGAGAACAAAACCAGCCUGGAGAUUGAAAUGUCUCAGACGGCAUCCCAAGGCCAUCAGGGCAGGAGCAGCCUCAGGUCACCGAAGGCGGUGGCAGGGAACUUCGGGGAACUGUGUCUGCUGGAGGGCAUCUCGGAGAGGCUAGACACCCAGAAGCUGCAGCAGUCUGCAGGACAGUGCGUCAUCCACACUGAGGGCUUUGUCCCCAUUCGACAAGAGGACGGUUUCAGGAAUAAUUUCAGUGCUGUCAACAUCCUCAGAGGAAAAACAAACUCAGCCAACCUCACAGAGAGGUCGCCUCUGCUGCGAUUCUCUCAAGAUGACAGCAUAACCUACAUGACCCUACAUGACCCCAGCUUUGUUGGAGUUGAGGAGCCCUGGAACAACGGCUCCCUGGACGUGGAGAGGCGGUAUCGGCUGGGCAGCGAGGUCACCAGCCUGUCGCUAUCGCGCUCCAGCUCCUCGGAGAAGUACGACCCUCUGGACAACCUCAACCUCAGCUUCAGAUUCACAAGCAAUGUGAAAUGCUGCUUCAAAGUCUCCAAAACUGCCACCAUCUUUGCGUUUGUUGUUCUCUGCAGUCUGUUCUUCAGCAUGUAUCCUGAUCGAGACAACCCCUGGAGGAUGGUGGCAGUCUCUCCCACAGAGAGUUUCUCAAUGAAUGUGACUGAUUUUCGGGACAAUGCUUUACUGAAGCUACAGGUGGCUGGGCCUUUUGCAGGGGGGAUGAUAGAUUUGACCACUCAGGAGUACAUCCUCAUCCAGGUAGAGCAGACCGAGCAGCCAGGACAGCGGCGGAGGAGGACUCAGCAGGUGACUCAUAAUUGGACCAUCCCUCUACAUGCAGAAAGAAGCGACCAGAUAGUGGAAACAAAAACCUUUGAGAUGCUCAGCAGUGAUCCCAUCGCCAUCACAAUUCAGGCGUUCCUGCAGGAUAACGAGGUGGUGCCGCUAUCCAUGACCCACCAGUCGCUUUACGUCAGCGUGGAGACACAGGUGGCCAUCGCUGGAAUCAUCCUGGCCGGGGUCUAUGUUCUCAUCAUCUUUGAGAUUGUGCACCGCACCCUGGCUGCUAUGCUGGGAUCUUUGGCAGCCUUAGCUGCUCUGUCUAUCAUCGGGAAUAGACCCAGCCUUGUUACAGUGGUGGAGUGGAUCGACUAUGAGACGCUGGCUCUUCUGUUUGGCAUGAUGGUGCUGGUGGCCAUUUUCUCAGAGACUGGCUUCUUCGAUUACUGUGCAGUGAAAGCUUACCAGUUAGCCAGAGGAAGAGUGUGGCCCAUGAUCAUCAUCCUCUGUCUCAUCGCUGCCAUUUUAUCUGCUUUUCUGGACAACGUGACCACUAUGAUGCUUUUUACUCCCGUCACCAUAAGGUUGUGUGAGGUGCUUAAUCUAGACCCCAGACAUGUCCUGAUUGCAGAAGUAAUCUUCACCAACAUUGGAGGGGCCGCCACAGCUGUCGGAGAUCCGCCCAAUGUGAUUAUAGUAUCAAAUCAGGACCUGCGCAGAGAAGGGAUUGAUUUUGCCAGUUUCACAGGCUACAUGUUCCUCGGAAUAUGCCUCGUCCUUUUUACCUCAUUUCCUUUCCUGCGGAUGCUCUACUGGAACAAAAAACUUUACAACAAAGAGUCCAUUGAAAUAGUUGAACUCAAGCAUGAGAUCCUGGUUUGGAGGCAAACGGCUCAGCGCAUAAACCCUGCCAGCCGAGAGGAGACAGCUGUGAAAUGUCUUUUAAUGCAAAAAGUCCUCAACCUGGAGAGUCUGCUGCGAAAAAUGAUGAAGACCUUCCAAAGACAAAUUUCUCAGGAGGAUAAGAACUGGGAGCAAAACAUCCAAGAACUGCAGAAGAAGCACAGAAUUACUGACAAAGUUCUGCUGGUGAAGUGUGUGUCCGUCCUUGGCGUUGUGAUCUUCAUGUUCUUUCUCAACUCUUUCGUUCCCAGCAUUCAUCUCGAUCUUGGUUGGAUCGCUAUCUUGGGUGCGCUCUGGCUUUUGGUUCUGGCUGACAUUCAGGAUUUUGAGAUCAUCUUGCACCGAGUGGAGUGGGCCACGCUGCUGUUUUUUGCCGGCCUCUUCGUUUUGAUGGAGGCUUUAGCCCAGCUGCAGCUUAUUGACUAUAUCGGAGAACAGACAGCACUGCUUAUAAAAGCGGUGCCAGAAGACCAGCGCUUGGCUAUAGCCAUUAUCUUGGUGAUGUGGGUCUCGGCUCUGGCUUCUUCUCUCAUUGACAACAUUCCCUUCACUGCCACCAUGAUUCCAGUUCUCAUCAACCUGAGUCAGGAUGCAGAUGUGAACCUGCCAGUUAAACCGCUCAUCUUUGCUUUGGCUAUGGGAGCCUGUCUGGGUGGAAAUGGCACAUUGAUAGGAGCAUCAGCCAACGUUGUGUGUGCAGGCAUCGCUGAGCAACACGGAUAUGGCUUUUCCUUCAUGGAGUUCUUCAAGCUGGGAUUCCCCAUGAUGAUAAUGACAUGCAUGAUCGGCAUGUGCUACCUGCUGGCCACACACAUCGGACUGGGAUGGAACAUGUGAACCGUACCUGCUGCACAGAGAUCCAAAGAAACUGUGUGACCACUCCUCCAAGAGUCUGAGUUCACUGUAACGUGAUGUGUAACCUGACUGCUCAGUUUACCGGCAUUAUAUGAAGCAUCGCAGCCAUAUUUUUCAAAGCGCGGAAAGGUGGUGUCUUUGAGUAAGUGUAGACCAUCAGGGACCAGAUUUAUCUGAGCUUUCACCAAAAUCCAAGAAAUUUCUGAAACAAAAAUGUCACCAGUCCAUUAUGGUGUACAUGGUGCUAUGGCUUCACAGGGUAAAAUAACUAGUGUAAGCAUUUGAAGGUGUGCUCGCUGAUGUCAGACUGUCUGUUCUUUUGGAAACAGACAAAAAAGAAACAAAAAAAGAAAAAGUGGCCUGUUUAGAAAACCAAUCACAAACAUUACACCAGUGGUUUACCAAACUUCUGUUUAUAUUUACAACAAGAACCAGUGAAAGGGAUUUUCUAAUGGUUUGUGUCAAAGGCAGCAUCAAUUUAACUGCAAAGAACCGAUGAGACAAGAAAGCAGUUGUAGACUCUGGUCGAAGCAUUGUAUACCACCUAGUGGAUUGUGUACAUGUAAACUCACUGAUUUAUUUCAGCAAUCAUAUUCAUCAUGUAAAUGCUUUCACCGCACUGAACAGCAUCUUCUUACUUUAUCUGUUUUUCUGUAUACAUUGUACAGCCCAACAUCCUGAACAGCCAAAAGGAGAACGAAAAAUAAAUCGAGGAAUAAA